UUGUAGUUUGCAUUUUGGUGUGAAUUAAAAGUUUGGUUCUUUGCUCGACAAAUCGUUUCUUGUUCUCGCUUAUCAAUCGUGUGUUUGUUUGUGUUUUAAGAAUUAAUCCAAUGAUCGAUGAUGAUAUUGAUGCAUACUGUUAUAUUGUCAUAUGCUCUGUUUCUUUGCUCUGUUCUAAGAAAUUUUGUGACAAAAGACAAUCAUGGAAAACGAAAUUUCAACCUAUAAAAAAAAUAUUAUCCAGAGGGUGGGCCUUAAAAGCUUUUGUCUGUUCAGGAAACAAGCCGGUCAAAAUAAUCUACCUUUUAACUCUGGUCUAAGUCAAUAACUGAGUGCUUCCACCGUUGAAAUUUAGUAUCCCACUGGGAAAUUGUACUUGGAAUUUGCAUGGUCGGUCCAUGAUGUAUUAAGAAGAAGAAACAAACCAAAAGUUGUCUUUUUGUAUCUACAUAUACAUUUUAUGAUUUGAUUGGUUUUGUGGGGAUCAAUUUCACUAUUACUCUUAAGAAAUUUCUUUAUGGAUAUGUUUUGUUGUCCCAUUGAUCAAAAGCCUAUGGAUUUCAAUAGAAAAGCUCAUCCGGAUUGUGUAUAUGCGGAUAAUCCUUUCCAUGAAUGUGCUUCAGCUUGUUUAGAGAGAAUUGCUCAAGGCCAUGUCAAGAAGAACACUAAGAAGCAAAGUUCAAGGCUUCUUAGCUUCUCAGGGAGUUUCGGUAGGAAAAAGAAGGAAUCACAUUCACAACCGCCUUCACCACUAUCCGCAAGGCCUUACCAAAACGGCAGAGGCGGUUUUGCAAAUAGUAAUUCCCCAAAGGUUCAUCAUUCCGUAGCUCCAUCUGUUUCUGUGAAGAAGAAGAUUGUUUCUGAAUCGAAUAAGUCUUUAACUUCUUCAUCAUCCGGUGACCCGGAUGAUUUCUUCAACCAUAAACCGGAGAAGAAACCUUCUCAAACCAUUCCACUUUCCUCAAACAAUUUGGUUGAUCAAAGCAAAGCCGUAUCACCUAAACCUGGAAUACAAGAACACGACGGGAAGAUUGGAGCAGGCGGCGAAACUAGACUCUUUAGUUUCCUAAGCCUUCCAAGAUCGCAUGAAGAAGAGAGCAAUGAUGAUUAUACUGAUGAUGAUGAAGAAAACAACAAUGAGAUUGGUGUAGAGCUCGAUCUUGAAUCAGUAAUGUCUGACACUUUUGUCUCUGUCGGAAAAUACCGAGUCAGAUCCGGUUCAUCCACAAUCCUAAGUGCUAUCAUCGAAAAACACGGAGACAUUGCUCAAAACUGUAAGCUGGAAUCGGAUUCAAUGCGAUCCCGUUACCUGGAGUGUUUAUGCUCACUGAUGCAGGAACUCAGGUCAACCCCGGUAGGGCAGUUGAGCAAAAUCAAAGUCAAAGAGAUGCUUGCGGUUCUCAAAGACUUGGAGUCUGUGAACAUCGAAGUGGCUUGGCUACGUUCUGUUCUUGAAGAGUUUGCGCAGUCUCUAGAAGAUGCAGAAAAUGAGAAAGAGAGGCAUGAUGGUUUAGUGAAGGCUAAGAAAGAAGAGCUUGAGGCUCAAGAAACGGAUUUGGUUAGGAUGGAGAAGGAAGUGGCGGAAGCGAGGCUGCGGAUUGAGGAGACGCGGGCUCAGAUGGUCGAGAUUGAAGCAGAACGGUCGAGGUUGGAGAAAAUGGGAUUCAAAAUGGAAAAAUUUAAAGGGAAAUCGUUUAUAGAUGAGCUUCUGUGAGUUUGUGCUGUGAUUGUGUGUGAUGUUGUUAGUAAUAGGUAAUAGCACAAAAUCAAAAAUACUCUCUAAUAAAUGAGUUCUUAAGGUAUUAUGGAAAAGCUGGUAUUUAUUAGUAACUUAUAAAAGUGUUAAGAUAGAUAUUUGGUUGUUGCUAAUAAAUACGUUUGGCUUUGUGUGAUGCAUUGUUCUUUGAUUAUGUGUUUUUUUUUUUUUUUGGUUUCUUUCGUUUUCUAUAAUGGGAAAGAUUACAAGUUGUCUUAAGAGUUUGGAAAACGAAAGAUUGUUUUAAAAACUAAAUUCACAACAAUAUUUAUUGUGUUAGUUAUUGCAGAACUUGUUGAAUA